AUAGCGCUCUUCUUCCCCCUUGAUGGGGAUCAAUGCUCGGUUUCUUUACAGUAAAGGCGAAAUCAUCGUUCCUAUAUACUCGGUACAAAAUGGAAGAACCCAGUAAUAAGUAUAUUCUUCUGCGUGAUAGUGUCGGACGACUCGCACUUGAAAAAAACUGGUUGACGCUCGGCCUUACGAUGAAGUCUACACCAACGCAAGUUUUGCGAGGCGAGAUAUUAAAAGGUGUUGCUGAGGCUGAACAGCCUAUGGACUCAACUAAAGUAGCUGUUGUUGGAAUUGAACGUAAGUCAUUAUGUCUUGAGUGUCCUACGGAGGAUGUGGCUCGACUAUCUGAGGAAGAAACCAACUUACUUUUAGCAAUUACUUCAUCAGAAGGAAGGUUCCAAACGUACAUAGAUAGGAAACUUAUGGUAUUUGGCCGACAAUUGUCACUAGGAAGUACUGUUUUCGUUAAAGUGAAAGCACAUUCAAAUGUUUUGCCUGGUAUUGUUUGGUAUAAAGGUGUAUUACCGCCCCGUCUAGGAACUUGGUUUGGAGUUGAACUCACCAAACAUCCAGGGUCAGGAACAUGUGAUGGAACCUUUGGAAAGAAGCAAUACUUUACCUGUCAACCAGACUCUGGGAUUUUUGUUGGACUGGACAAAUUGACACCUAGAGAAGAUGAAGGUGACUUGAAAUCUUUAAAAAUUGCCAAAAAAGUGGCAACAAAGAUUGAUGGGACUAAGAUUACAGUGCAGCCUGGUUUGUCAAAUGGUGACCAUAGUGGCAAUGGCGUCAUGUCAGGUGAUAACCAUUAUGGUUUAGAGGUUGGAUCUAAGGUAGAGGUUCCUAUGGCGGAUGGUGUUCCAAGAUAUGGUGUCAUUCGCUGGAUGGGAAAUAUGCCACAAGUGAAGGAAAAGGUGGUAGCAGGUCUGGAAUUGGAAGAGGAGGAGUCUGCGUGUUCAGAUGGGACUUUUAAUAAAGAAAGAUAUUUCACCUGCCCAAAAGGAAGAGGUUUCUUUGUUUUACUGGAGAUUUGCCGACCAGAUUCCCGCUUUGCUAACUCACCAACCACUGAUGUCUGUUUAAAUGCUGAAAAAGACAGGCGACUUAUGGAGGAAAAUGAACCAGGAGGAAACGUUCACAGGCUGGUGAGAGAACUGGAGGAACAGGUGACACAUUUGCAAGCAGAACUACGAGAGAAAGAGUUGAGAGAGACCAGCUUACAUGAAAAGCUGAAGAAAAAAGAACAACUUGAAGAAACAAACCUGCGGGAUGUAAUUCAGCAAAUGACAAUUGUCCAAGGGCAGCUACAAGAAAAAAAUGAAGAAACUGCUAAUUUACAGAAUCAAGCUACUGCCCUAAGGCAACAACUGGAGGAAAAAGACCAGGUAAUAAAUGAAUUGGAAACAUCUCUGUCCACAGCUCAGGAUGAGUUACGUGAACAUCAACGACAACUGAGAGAUGUAACUCAGCAAAUGACGAUUGUCCGAGGGCAGCUACAAGAAAAAAAUGAAGAAACUGCAAAUUUACAGAAUCAAGCUACUGCCCUAAGGCAACAACUGGAGGAAAAAGACCAGGAAAUGAAUGAAUUGGAAACAACUCUGUCUACAGCUCAGGAUGAGUUACGUGAAUAUCAACGACAACAGUCUCCUGAGUGGGUCAUUUCACGGGAUCACAUUCAGCUGACAAGUAAAUUUCUCGGCAGAGGAGGCUGGGGAAGUGUUGUCGAAGGCAAAUAUUGUGGUUGUUCUGUUGCAGUGAAACAGAUCCAUGAGUUGAUUCUCUCUCCUCACAACCGCAAAUUAUUUGAGCGAGAAAUGGAUAUUGCAUCAAGAUGCCGCCACCCUUGCUUGCUGCAGUUCAUCGGAGCUACAAAUGACGAAGGGAAUCCAUUGUUUGUAACAGAGGUUAUGGAAACAAGUUUACGCACUCUGUUGGAACAGAGAGCUCUUUCUGAGGCUGAAAUGUCUUUUAUUUCCCUGGAUGUGGCUCGGGCGCUAAACUACCUUCACCAAAAGCAACCAUCUCCUAUUAUUCACCGCGACAUCAGCAGUGCAAAUGUGCUACUUUGGCGACAGGGUGAACAUUGGCGAGGCAAAGUGUCAGAUUAUGGAACUGCCAACUUUAUGCAGCAGACCAUGACAGUUGCUCCUGGUGCCAUGAUAUACAGUGCUCCUGAAGCACUUACUAAAAAUCAAACUGUCAAGGUUGAUGUGUACAGUUUUGGUGUCCUCCUCUGUGAGAUGUGCAUCCGGGAAUUGCCAGAUCCAAUGAGGCGUGAUCGGCAAGUCGCCAUGGUUAAAAACAAAUUGAAUCGAGCCCUUAUCCGGGGAUGUUUGCAAUCAGAGCCCGAGGCGAGACCAAGCAUACAGGAGAUCAUUGACGAACUUGAGGAACCUGUUUAAAACAGGUUUGGUCGGUUUUGCUUUUAACAGAAUUAACGUAAUUCUGCUAUUACCAAUGUAAUUGUAAUGGUGCGUAUGCUACUGAAGGACAUCUCUGGGGUAUCCCCC